AGAACUUGUUAAAAUGGCCAGAACCAAGCAAACCGCCCGGAAAUCUACCGGAGGCAAAGCCCCGAGGAAGCAGCUCGCCACCAAGGCUGCCCGCAAGAGCGCCCCGGCCACCGGCGGCGUCAAGAAGCCUCACCGUUACAGGCCCGGCACCGUGGCCCUGCGUGAGAUCCGUCGCUACCAGAAGUCCACGGAGCUGCUCAUCCGCAAGCUGCCCUUCCAGCGCCUGGUGCGCGAGAUCGCACAGGACUUCAAGACCGACCUGCGCUUCCAGAGCUCCGCCGUCAUGGCCCUGCAGGAGUCCAGCGAGGCCUACCUGGUCGGCCUCUUCGAGGACACCAACCUGUGCGCCAUCCACGCCAAGAGAGUCACCAUCAUGCCCAAAGACAUCCAGCUGGCCCGUCGUAUCCGUGGAGAGCGAGCUUAAAUCUGACAACCACUAAACCACAACACAACGGCUCUUUUAAGAGCCACACACUUCAUCUGUAAAGAGCUGAUAAUCUUAAUUUAGAAAGUCGUGUAUGGUAAAUGUUAUCCUAUAAUGCUAGUACAGUAACAGUGAAUAUG